CUUAGCAGCGCGAACACAAACUGGAGGAGUAGGUGCAGCAGGUUCGUGUGAUGGAGGACUUCUUCAUCAUCCUGCUGGACAAACAACAUCUGCAAAGAAAAAUAUGCGUGGUGGAGGGCGAGGGUCUGCUUCAUCAGUGGUUGUAGUAAAAAGAGAAGGAAAUAAUAAGGCAAGUACAUCAGCAGCCUCAGUCGGUGCUUUUCCGCUGUUGGGAAUGGGAGAACGAGAAAGGACUACAACACCACUGUUCAAGUUUACAGACAAUGACGAUGAAGAUGAGGUGCCCGAUUUGCAGCUGUCCCAGUUGCAAAUCGAUACAAAAGAUCACGCUGAUUUGAACAGAAGCGAGGAUCAUGGCGUACACUAUGGAGGUGGGUCCUCCGCGUCGGCCACUGCUGCUAUGGGUGUGCAAGAUCAAAUAGAGCAACCAAAACACGAUCUGAGGAGCGGCUCAGCGGUCCUCGCACCUACAACUACUUCUGAGGGCCUCUUACAACAGCAUCAGCCGAACGACAAUCAUCAACCUAGUAGUACACUUGAUGGUCUUCACCGGCCGCAACGAGGAGGGGACCACAAGUUUGCUGACCUAGAAGAUACAGAUGAGAGAGAGCAAGAUACAGAUGAGCUACAAGCGGGAACGUCGUUUUCCGACAUGGCAUGUUUUUUCCGCAGUGGCUUCUUUGCCUCAAGGUCAACUCUUAUGACAAAAGAUCAUUCAGAUUGAUAGUUACUGCCACCUGACUGUUUGCCAAAUAUUUGAGGUUGACUAAAUGACUGCGCCGUUCUCUUGCAUCAUUUGAGGUUGUUCUUGGUUUUAAUUGCGUCUCUGACUCUCUCACUCACACUCUCUUACAGACAUUAUAAAUAGUUCAAAAUCUCUUUCAUACUCGCCGCCCAACAGCAGUCAACUGCAUCUCCGGAAGAUCAUUUCCCUCGCCAAACAGACCAAGGACAAAUUGGUGGUCCGACAACAAGACCUUCUCGAGCUUCUACAACCGGUUCGUCAAGCUCCGCCAUCCCAAUCUUAGGCAGUUUCAUGCCACGCCUGAUGUGCGACUUUUGUGUAACUCGUGACCGACGCGACGAUGAUAGUACUACACCCUUCCCCUUCUGCGGAGAUCGUCCAGAGAUACCAGAAAAGCGAAAAAGUGUUGGACAUGAAGUUGUGACCACCCAACGAAAUGAACUGCAACGACCAGGGGGUGGACGUGCUGGUUAUCAGGGUGCUGAUCAAAGUGCUGGUCAAGGUCAGGGAAGAGAAACUGGCACCUGUUCAGGCCUAACUGCAUCUACUAUCACGACUACUUACUCUCAUGCUCUGACAGGGUCUUCAGCGGAUACAAAAAUGGGCUUCAACAUGUCACCAAGGCCGCCAGGUGUACUACGACACCAGGUACAACAGGGGUUAGAAACGUCAACAGAUGACCCACCACAAGAAGAUCAAGAUCCAGAAUUUCCUACGACUUCUAGCAAAAGACCGAGAAGAACUACUACUUCUACUAAAAGACAAGAACAACUACAACAACUUGUGGUCGUAGAUGACUUCGUGGUCGAACCAUCAAUAUCAACAAGUCUUGCUCCGAACGAGCAAGAUCAGCCAGAAGAGGAAGCAUUAUCUCAUGAGACGGGAGACCCUGAAGAUGAAGAAGAUUUUGAAGACCUUCUAGAAGAAGAAAGUAGCGGGAAUGAGGAAGAAAGCCUGUCACUGCAUAGCGGGUCCGUCAGCCGAGAAAACUUUUCAGACUCGGAAAACGAGCAAGGUCGACCGUCUUCGAUCGUCAACUCCGAGUCUACGCUAUUUUCCGAGGAUGCAGAGACUGGUUUUUAGAGAGGGGACUGGGCAAGUAGUUAACGAGGGAACCAGAGAACGAGAGGGCUCAAACAUGAAGAUCCUUAAGAACAAGAAUAAGAAACGUAUAUUUUUUUAAAGCAUCGAUUUCGAUGACUUUGACGAUCGUUGUGAAUCGAUGACGAUAUUGGGGAAGGGGACCAUUAGGUCUAAAAUCUGAGAAUUUUUUCUUCAGCCAUCUGAUAAUCUCUACCAGCGCAGUUACAUAGGACAGACCACAGAUAACGAAAACGAACAUCUUGAUUUUGAUACAACCCAAAGUUGCUAGUCAAAAUAUAAUGAUGAAGGACCAACAACAACAACAACAACUUGUCUUAUAGGAUACGUUGGUUUCGACAAUACGCCGGACGCGGACAUCCUUAGUGUCUACGCGCCUAAUCAUACACACAUAUAAUGAUGAUCUUCCACAUAUUGAUUCCCAUAACAGCAUACGUGGACUACGAUUUCCCCAGAUCAUAUUUACCCCUUUUCCCCAGGCAUGAUUGAUACCUUAUGAAAUCUGAAACUACAAGAUGAGAUGCCCG